GUGGAACAGUUUGCGCUCAGUCCGCAUCAGACGCGCAACUCUGACAGGCUGCUGCUCUGACGCGCUCCAGCUCAUGCGGGAAUAUUAACCUCUAAUUAUUACUCUUUAUUUCCCCUUAGAUCCUCUCAGCUCAGGGUUUGUUUGUGUUUUUGCAGCAUCACUGCAGCUGACUGAAGGAGUGGAGGGAUCUCUCCUCCUACCUCACCAGAUAAGAUGGCAAAAACAACGUUUCAAACCUCUGCCUUGAUUCAAAAGUGGUGACAAGUUGACUUCACACACGGAUGUGAGCCGGAAAAGACUAACAGGACGUUUUUUUUUUAUUUUCAAGGGAAGGAUUACAUUUUUUUUCUCCUUUUUUAUUUUCCUAUCCAGCGAUGAGCCAGGCUCCUACAGUGGGCCCCUGAACCCGGACAGACACAGUUUUGUGGGUUUUUUUUGCUCUAACCAAACUCCAAAGGAGGGAUUAAGAUUAACACCGCUGGUUCUGUGCAGAUUAACGCAGGGAUGACAGUGAAGCUGGACUUUGAGGAGUGUCUGAAAGACUCUCCUCGCUUCAGAGCUGAAAUCGAAGUUGUCCAAAAUGACGUGAGUGAGCUCGAGACUCGCCUGGAAAAGCUUGUGAAACAAUGCCAGGCCAUGCUGGAGGCAGGUAGAGUCUACUGUCAGACCAGUAAGAGCUUCGUCAAUGGUUUACGGGAGCUCGGACACCAGUGGUCAAAGGACAGCACCAUCGAGGACUGCUUGGACAAAUUUUCCAAAAAGCUGUCUGCCAUCUUGGAUGCACAGGGGGAAGUGAUUGAGACGAUUCAGAAGUCAGUGAAGACGAAGCUGCAGACCUUCGUGAAGGAAGAUGUUCGUAGGUUUAAGGAUGUCCGAAAAGAGUUUGAACGCUGCAGCGAGACUCUGGAGGGGGCGUUGGCCAGAAACGCACAAGCUCCACGAGGGAAGCAGCAUGAAGUGGAGGAAGCAACUAACGCUCUGCUCGGCGCACGCAAGGCCUUCCGGUCAGGGGCUUUAGACUAUGUGCUGGAGAUUAACGUCAUUGAAGCCAAAAAGAAGUCAGAUAUUUUGUCGGCCAUGCUGGCCCUCAUGGACGUCCAGUCUCAGUUCUUUAAACAAGGCCAUCAAUCUCUGUCAGAGCUGGAUCAGUAUUGCCAAAAACUGAGUGAAGAGCAAACUCAGUUUGUAUUGAACUCUGCCAGGGAUAAGAGGGAUAUGGAGCAAAGGCACUCAGCUAUUAAGAAAAAGGACAUGUCAUACGAUGACCCCAUUUUGGAUUUUAAUGCUGAUGCUGCCAAUGGGAUAGCGAUGGAGGGUUACCUUUAUAAACGGGCUAGCAACGCCUUCAAGACCUGGAGCAGACGUUGGUUUUCAAUUCAGAAGAAUCAGUUGGUUUAUCAGAAGAAAUUUAAGGACCAGCCCACGGUUGUGGUGGAGGACCUGCGUCUCUGCACAGUCAAGCCCAGCACUGAAAAUGAGAGGCGAUUCUGCUUUGAAGUAGUGUCUCCGUCAAAAUGCUGUUUGUUACAAGCAGACUCGGAGAAGGAGCAGCAAGCGUGGAUCAGUGCUGUCCAAAACAGCAUCGCCUCUGCCUUUCAGGAGCAUAGAGAGGAUGCACACAGCCCAAGACAGCGCUGCAGCUCAGUCUCCAUGAGCAAUUUAGGUGGAGGAGGAGGAGGAAGUGGGGAUCAGGAGAGCGAAGGCCUUAAGGCUCUAGAGGAGAUUCAGGCCAUCCCAGGAAACAAGCAGUGCUGCGACUGCGGAGAGGCUAGUCCUACUUGGGCCUCCAUCAACCUGGGAAUCACUCUGUGUAUUACCUGCUCAGGAAUACAUAGGAGCCUGGGUGUACAUUUCUCCAAGGUUCGCUCCCUCACUCUUGACUCCUGGGAACCGGAACUCAUUAAGUUGAUGUGCGAAUUGGGAAACUCGGUGAUCAACCGGAUCUAUGAGGCUCGGAUUGAUGAGAUCACCAUCAAGAAGCCCCACCCUGCCAGCGCCAGAGGUGACAAGGAGUCAUGGAUUAGGUCCAAGUACGUUGAGAAGAAGUUUAUCCAGAAGUUGCCUGAGACUGGCAGAACCAACCUGCUGAGACGGUCCAGCGCCAGGAGAACCCGAGCCACAACUCAGGAACGCAACGUUCAGAGGCCAGCUCUCAAACCCAAGCCGAACAGAGCCACGCUGCCUCGACUCACAAAUCUCAGCCCCAGUGACAUUCAGAAGAACAACUCUCAUAGAGAUUGGGAAGAAGAUGAAGAAGAGGAUCUCAGCGGCCUUCACCCCGGGGCAUUGUUGUACCGCUCUGCAGCGCUGCAGAACUUCCCCGUCAUGGCUGACGCGCUCGCCCAUGGGGCUGACGUCAACUGGGUAAACGCGGCCGAGGAGUCGAGCACACCUCUGAUACAGGCCGUGUCGGUGAACGCCCUGGCAGCCUGUGAGUUCCUACUGCAGAACGGCGCCAAUGUCAACCUGGCAGACAGCAACAAAAGAGGACCACUGCACCACGCCACCAUCCUGGGCCACACAGGGUUGGUUUGCUUGUUCUUAAAACGAGGAGCUGACUACAACGCCCGAGACAAGAACGACAAAGACCCCAUAAACAUCGCCGUGGACAACGCAAACGCAGACAUUGUCACUCUGCUGAGGAUCGCCAAAAUGAACAAAGAGAUGCGGGAUAUGGACGGAGCAUUCGGCCCAUCAGGUGAUGAAACUUACCAGGACAUUUUCAGAGACUUUUCACACAUGGCCUCUAAUAAUCCAGAGAAGCUCAAACGCCGCAGUGCGGAUCCUAAAUCUUAAACGCCCUACACCCGACCCCCAUCAGGCCUUUCCGUCAUUCGGUCCAGGUCUAACUUUUACAGCCCUCAACCCAAGCAAACACUUUCUUUUCCACAAAAGCAGAAAGGAUGGAGCUCCAAGGCAUGCAGACACAUCCAUCAUCAUUGGCUACCUCCAAGUGUCGAGCUCAGCUGGGUGUCGACUGCAGAGCCGGGGGGGGGUAUGGAUGCUCUAAACAGGGAAUGCAUUGUGUGAUCACGUCAUCUUAGAACAAUCGCAUCCAUGUGGAAACACAGGAGCAGCUUUAUGAGUCCAGCGUGAGGUGUUUUGAUGUCCCGCUGAGCGGCGCCAUCACUCUGCUAAGGUUUCCUAAUUAAAAGCAGUAAAUCUGA